CGGCCCCGGCCCGGAGCUGGGCGGCCGCGCCCGCCGCACAAAGCCGUAGCUCGGUUCGGCACCCCCCGCCCGCGCCCCCCCGCCCGGGGGGGGCCCUUUGUGGCGGCGGGGCCGGGCCCGGUCCCCGGAGGAACCAUGCCCAGGUCGUUCCUGGUGAAGAAGGUGAAGCUCGAUGACUUCCCCGCCGGCCUCGACGCCCCGUACGGCCGCGCCCGGGCGGAUUUCGGCUCCCGGCUGCACGAGAAGGGGUACCUCAGCGACUACAUGGCCCCCUCGGCCUUCGAGGGCGACGCCGAGGCCGCGCUCAAGGUGCCGUCCCCGGGCUCGCUGUACCCCGGCGGCCGCGGCGACUUCGGCGGGGGCGACUCGGAGCCCCCCGACAGCCCCGGCUCGGGCAUGGCCGGCGGCUACAUCAACGGCGACGCGGCCGUGAGCGAGGGCUACGCCGUGGACGCCUUCUUCAUCACGGACGGCCGCUCCCGGCGCAAGGUGAGCGGCGCGGCGGCGCGGAGCCUGCCCCGCCACACGUGCGGCGAGUGCGGCAAGAGCUACGCCACCUCGUCCAACCUGAGCCGCCACAAGCAGACCCACCGCAGCCUGGACAGCAAGAUGGCCAAGAAGUGUCCCACCUGCGGCAAGGUGUACGUCUCCAUGCCGGCCAUGGCCAUGCACCUGCUGACGCACGACCUGAAGCACAAGUGCCAGGUGUGCGGCAAGGCGUUCAGCCGGCCCUGGCUGCUGCAGGGCCACAUGCGCUCGCACACCGGCGAGAAGCCGUUCGGCUGCGCGCACUGCGGCAAAGCCUUCGCCGACCGCUCCAACCUGCGCGCCCACAUGCAGACCCACUCGGCCUUCAAGCACUUCAAGUGCAAGCGCUGCAGCAAAACCUUCGCCCUCAAAUCCUAUCUCAACAAGCACUACGAGUCCGCCUGCUUCAAGGGGGCCGCGGCGCCCCUCAGCCCCCUGCGCCCCUGAGGGGCCGCGACCCCCGCCCGGCAGAGCCCGCCCCGCUCUGGAGGCUCCUCCGGGCGGAAUUCGCCCCUCCGGGAUGCAGGGGGAGAGGUCAGCCCCCGAGUUCAGCCCCGCCGAGUUCGGCCCCGAGGGGUGAUCCGGCGGGAUGGAGCUUCCGUCGGGAUGGGCGCCUCGGAUUGCGGCCGGCAGGGCUCGCCCUUCAGGAUUCACCCCUCAAAAAUCACCUGUCAGGAUUCACCCCUCAAAAAUCACCUGUCAGGAUUCACCUCUCAAAAUUCACCUGUCAGGAUUCACCUCUCAAAGUUCACCCUUCAAAAUUCACCUGUCAGGAUUCGCCACUCAAAGUUCACCUGUCAGGAUUCACCUCUCAAA